UUGUCAUUUACAUCAUUAAUGUUGAUGUGCUCGGACAGACUUUUAUAACGCUGCAAGUAACACAAUAUUUACCAUUAUAAGAAAUAAUUACAGGAUUAUUCUGAAGAAUUAAAGGAUAUACAUGUACUAAUUGGCAUUGUGUUUGCGAAAUUACAUGUUGGUGACAGAACAUAUGACCAGUUUUAAAACUGUGAACAAAUGAUCAUGUGAAUAAUUUAGUGAUAUUAAUGGACAUAUUGCGUUUAUUCACAAGCUUAACACUUAAUGGAUUAACACUAUACUAUUACUACACGAAUAACGGUUCCUGAUUUAGUUCCACCAAGACAACGAGAACUGAAGUUAACAUAUUGUUAGAUGUCAACAUGAGACGCAAACGCAAUUCGCAUCUUCUAAAACAUGGGAUGUAGUUCGACAAGUUUGGCCUGGUACACCAUCUUAUUUCUUUCAAUGGCAUUCUCGUCUGCAGCCCCAAUAUCGGAAAUCAAAGAUGGCAAAGAUUCCCCAUCAGAAGGCGAUUCGUUCUUUGCGCAAGCCGUUCAAUAUAAACAGAGAAUCUUCGUUGAACAAGAGCAAACAACAAAAGAGACAACAGUUAAAGAGAAAGCAAAGAAGAAACAAAAGGAAGAUAUAUCUGGAAUGGACAAAACUAUUUUCAAAAAGACCGCCACGUUUCCUACAAUGAAAAUGGGAGGCAAAAAACCGAUUGCCAAAGCUACUAAAACUGUACAUAGAAAAAAGGAUCUCGGUAUAUUUGAUGAUAAUUUCGACGAAUAUGAUGAUCUUGGAGAAUAUGAUGACUAUCUCGAUGGACUUAAUGGGAAAAAUAUCAAAACAACAACUCCAAAACCUAAACCAUCACAGAAUUCAAAUUUUGAAAUGUUGAAUGAUAAAGGACCCGUUUCUCAUAAACAGCGACAUAAAGGCAGCAAACACUCUGUCAAAGUAGAUUGUGAACCCACAAAGGUUAGAAAAUUGUCAAAAAUGCUCGGCCCUGCUUUUAAUCCCCGAUACAUGUCAAUCGAGAGGCCCACAGCUGGAUUUUCCGGUUCUGCAAUGACAGGGGUAAGCGGAUUAGGAAAGGCACGUGAUACAAGAGGAUUUAUGAGAGAUCAACCGUUGAUUAUAAAGAACAUUUCGGAAGCCACACCACAUCUGCCAUUUAGAGUCUCUCAUGAUUUCAAAAGAGAUCUUCCGAAUGAGGGUAAAUAUACCACUGACACGAACAAUGCCAAACCCAAAAAUAGUGAUAUACCAAGUGUUUCGCACUUUCUAGAAAGUAUAAGGACUAAACGAUCGACGAACAACGAUCAACCAUGGCAAUGCGCUUCUAGAAUUGUCUGGUUCGACUUAGGUGACGAUCAUUUUCCACGAUUUCUGAGAGCAGCCGAGUGUGUCUCUGACAGGUGUUGGUUUUCUCAUUACAAGUGUGUCCCAAGAGCUUUUACCGUCAAGGUACUUCGGAGAUCGAGUGACACGUGCAAACCAGUCUCUCGCAAGGCAUCAAACGGGCCCCAACGGUUCGAGCAGGAAUGGGUGUUCGAGGAGAGAGCUGUGACUUUUUGUUGUGAUUGUGCUAAGAGUUAGAUGGAUUGGUAUUUCUUAAGUUUGAAUUAACAUAUCUAAAUAAAUAUUGCUAAUAAAAUUACUUGUUCAUUAAGUUACUUUCUGUCAGUAAUUGUGAGAAUAGAUCCAAAAUGAAGUCCAGUUAAGUCCUAGCCCGGGAGCCCUCGUCACAUUUGCUCUACGGCAGCCGUACGAUGACCGUAGCUUUAAGAAUUAAUAUAGAAAAUCGGCGUCGUACUGCUUAUCCCUAUAUCUUAUGCUCUGUAUAUUUCUCUCGAUUUUGGAAAGCUACCGCCGCUCUACAGUUGCAGUAGAUUUAAUGUGACUGUGGGAUUACAUACAUAAGAAUUAUGUACAAGGGGUUAUGGGGAUUAUAUCCAAAACCGAC